GUACCGCCGUACAUCUCAAGCGCUUGAAACCUAGUGGGAAAUUAUCCGUAAUCUUUGGCUGAAGCCCUUGCGAGCGGCGGUGGACGCAUAGCCAUGACCGAACGUGAGAGAGACAGAGAGCGAGAGCGGGAUAGGAAAAGAGUCCGCGAGGAGCGCUACCGUGACCGGAAAGAGCGUUCUCCGUCCCCUUCGCGUUCCUAUACACCUGAACGUGUCCGUUCCAGUAGAGCCCAUUCCCGAACUCGCUCCCCGUCUACCGACCGCCAUCGUUUCCGCCGUCGUUCUACUUCCCACUCGCGCUCUCCCGAACGUCACCACCGCAGCAGCAGGAAUCACCACCACCAUGGACACCGCACUCUUAAUCCCGAAAGUCCUCCCAGAAAACGCCACAAAGAUGAUGGUGAAAGGGAUAGAGAUGGGAAUCGGGUCAGGCAAAUGGAUGUUUCGGAUUUUGUUGAUGGGAUAGCCAAGGAGCACAAGCAGAAGCAGGAGGGUGAUGCAGAGACGAUUGAUGAAGAUGAAAUUGAGAUGAUGAAGAAAUUAGGGAUUCCUGUAGGGUUCGAUUCCACUAAGGGAAAAUCUGUUGCUGGGAACGAUGUGGGCGCUGUGAGGAAAGUGACCAAAAGGCAGCCUAGACAGUACAUGAAUCGGCGUGGUGGAUUCAAUCGACCCUUGCCUGCUGAACUCAAUCGCUGAUCCCAGGUAUAUUAUUAAUUGAAGAGGGUGGAUUCAGGCACAAUAUAUGUUUAUUGUACCUUACAUGGGAUAAAAGUGAAUGUUCUAUUAGAAGAAUCAAAUCUUUAGAGGAUGUGAUUGUUGAAGAAUCAAGAUGUCCCAACUCCCAAGAGCCUCUAUAGAUUGUGUAAUGAGAUGUCUGAUCACGAUAGCAACAUUAGCUUGAAUUGUCCCUUGAACAAAGAGCAAUUCAUAAUGUCACUAUAUUAAUGCAGUUGUUUUUUGCUAUAUUUUAAUUUCCUAUGUAAUGAUAUGUACUUUGUAAACAUGUUGAUGCAAUCAAUACAUCUUUCUUUUUGUUCAAUGUAUGAGAUGUCUAUGUAUUAUAUGU